AUGGCAACAGCCAGCUAUAUCACAGCGUUGGUGAGGCGCCUGCGCAGCGGCGAUGAAGUCAGGGUGGCAGAGGCGGCCGCCACACUGGCCCACCUGUCCCGCAGCGCUGAAAACACGCCAGCAAUUGUAGCGGCGGGCGGCAUCCCGGCGCUGGUGAAGAUCCUGAGCAGCGACCGCAGCGAGGCAGUGCACGCGCGUUUGCGCAGCAGCAGCAGCGAGGCAGUGCACAUUUGGGCAGCCGCCGCGCUUGGCAGCCUUUCUUCUGACAGCCCAGAGAAUCAGGCUGCCAUUGCAGCGACUGGCGUCAUCCCAGCUCUGUGCCUGCACAGCGGCAGCGACAACCUGCAGGUGGUUGCAGCUGGUGCGGUUUGCAGUCUAGCCGCUGGCGGUCGUGACUACAGCGCAGCCAUUGCAGCAGCAGGUGGCAUCCCUGCCUUGCAGCAGCUGCACAGCAGCCCGAGUGAAGUGCAGCAGCGGGACCUGGUGCCAGGGUGCAGGGCUGUGAGGUACUGCAGCGAGGCUUGCGCCCACGCGCACUGGCCAGCCCACAAGCCCGAGUGUCGGCGCCUGCGCCGCGCUGCGGGUGCUUCGCAGCCGUAA